AUGAGGUACGUGUUGAAUGAACCAGUUGCCUUUUUUCUUUUGUUCUUUUUUUGAGUGCAAUUCGACUGACAAGUGCAUUUUGAAACAAGUGGGAAAUUCGUUCGGGCCUCGAAAUAUAGGCAUGUAUUUGGGCAACCAGCCAAGAAGGAGUUGUGCUACGAGAACCUUAAAGUGACUAAGAACGCGUGGGACUCCAACAUUAUUCAAUCCAACGGCAAAUACAUUUCGGUGAACUGGGACGCGUCAGGCGGAGGUGCGUUUGCAAUCAUUCCCGUGAAUGAGGUUGGCAAGGCACCCGAUACCGUGUCCUUGUUUCGUGGCCACAAGGGACCCGUGCUAGACACGGCGUUUAACCCGUUCAACGAGCAAGAGGUUGCUAGUUGCUCCGACGACGGCAAGGUCUUGAUUUGGAAAAUCCCCGAGGACUACUCGUUCCAUAGCUACUUGGACGACAACGACGAGAUUGUCGACAUAACUGAACCAGCAAAAGUGUUGCUGGGACACACGAGAAAAGUCGGAUUGGUCGAGUAUCAUCCUUGCGCUGAGAAUGUCUUGGCCUCGAGCUCAUUAGACUACACUGUGAAAAUUUGGAACACUAAAACGGGAAAGGACGAAAUCUCGUUGCAACACAAGGAUUUGGUCACUUCUUUUGCUUUCAACUACAAUGGGUCCCUCUUGGCUACAACAUCGAGAGAUAAGAAAUUGAGAAUCUGGGAUAUAAGGAAAGGCGAGAUUAUAUCUGAAGGUCCCGGCCACACUGGAGCCAAGCCGGCAAGAGUUGCCUGGCUCGGAAACACCGAUAGAAUAGUCACCACGGGGUUUUCCAGAUUAUCGGAUCGUCAAGUUGGCAUAUGGGACAUCUAUGAUAUAGCGAAGGGCCCCAUUGACGGGUUUUUGGUUAUCGACGCGUCUUCUGGUGUUUUGAUCCCUUAUUUCGACGCCGACACCUCGAUACUUUAUCUUGCUGGAAAGGGAGAUGGAAACAUUAGAUACUAUGAAUACGAGAAUGACCUUCUUCACGACUUGGCGCAGUAUGGCUCGACCGACCCUCAGAGGGGCUUUGCCGCUGUUCCCAAGCACAAAGUCAACGUCAAGGACAACGAAGUGGUUAGAGCAUUUAAAACCGUUUUGGACAACUCUAUCGAGCCCAUCAGUUUUAUCGUUCCUAGACGUUCGGAACUUUUCCAGCUGGACAUUUAUCCCGAUACUCCUUCAACUAAACCGGCAUUGAGUGCUGACGAGUGGUUCAGUGGGAAAGAGGUCAACGGGCCCAUCUUGAUGACCAUGGAAGCUGUUUAUGAAGGCACCGAACCAACGUUGAAAGAGAGCAAACUGGUGGCUGAAAACGCCGAGCUGAAGAAAAAGACGGCCGAGGACAAGAAAGAAGAGUCGAAAGCCCAGGACAAAUCCAAGGCUGACGCCGAAGCCGAGGCUGCAAAGAAACCAGAGCCUGAAAAGGAGACAAAAGCCGCAACUGAGAAACCUGUUGAGGAACGCAAAGUUGGACAAAAUGUCGACGGCUUGUUGAAAGGCUCGGAACAAGUGAACGGGUUGUUGAAUAAAGUAGUCAAUUUUUCAGACGAUGACGAAGUUGGCGAUGACGAUGACAAUGGAGAAGAUUGGGAAGAGGUGAAGAAGCCAUUGGAAUCCCCGCCGAAGAAUAAGCAACAAGACAAUGGCGAUGAAAAGGCCGGACUUGAAGCAAAAACCAACUUAAAAUCAGAGCCAAAACCAGAACCAAAAUCGGAGUCAAAAUCAGAGCCAAAAUCAGAGCCAAAAUCAGAGCCAAAAUCGGAGUCAAAAUCAGAGCCAAAAUCAGAGCCAAAAUCAGAGCCAAAAUCAGAGCCAAAACCAGAACCAGAAGUAGAAAAGGUAGAACCUGUAUCUGCACCAAAAGUUGAUGAGACGGCCAAGAGUUUGAAGGAGACUCCCAAGGAGACAAAGGCUGAAAUUGAGACGACUCCCAAACCCGCUUCUUCCAAAGAAGUCAAGGAGGGCACUCAGGAACCUCCUGCCGCGUCAUCGUCCGUGGAUGGCUUCAAGGCAGACAAGAAACCCACUUUAACAUCAACAGUGGAGAAAUUAUCGUCACUUGUCGCGCAACUUGAAGUGCAAAUCGCCAAGUUGGAAAAAGCCGGUUUAGAUAAAGACGAGAGAUUGAAGGCGUUGGAGAGCAAGAUUGACUCGUUAUUGAAAUGA